AUGAGAAAAAUUAAUAAUGAAUAUUGGUCCUUUUUAAUCCAUUUCUUGUUCCGCAAAGGUGAAGUUGAUCACACGGUGUACGCAUACGUCCUCGACACGGGAAUCAACCCGGAUCACACUGACUUCGAGGGCCGGGCAACUCCCUGGUACGACGCCGUGGCAGACGGUAGGAACGGCAUCGACUGCAACGGUCAUGGCACUCACUGUGCGGGCAUCCUCGGUAGCAAAACGUACGGCGUGGCCAAGGACACGCAGAUCAGAAUGGUUCGCGUGCUGGACUGCUGGGGAAAGGGCCAACACAGCACCUUAUUGGCUGGCAUGGAAUACAUUGUGGCCAAUGGCGACCAACCAGGAGUAGUGUCCAUGUCACUGAUAUCGUAUGGCAGUCGGGCGCUGGACGACGGAACACAGAAACUACUGGAUAGUGGGUUCGCUGUGGCUGCUGCUGCGGGUAACAGGAACCGCAAUGCGUGCUACUACUCCCCAGCUAGAGUCAAAGGCAUCAUGACUGUGGGUGCGACCGAUUUCUUCGAUACACGGAACUCGGACUCGAACUACGGCAAAUGCGUUGACAUCUUCGCACCAGGCUCAUACAUCACAAGCCUAGGGCAUGAUUCCACGACUGCGACAGAUACCAAGUCUGGUACUUCCAUGGCCUGUCCGUUUGUUGCCGGUGCCGCUGCCUUACUUCUUGGGAAGGACCCCUCCCUGACACACGCAGAGGUCAAAUCCAAGAUCGUGGACAUGUCUUCUAAGGACAAGAUCACAGACGCUGGUGAUCACUCUCCGAAUCGAUUACUGUAUAUCAACCUCAGCCAAUAAAAAACCCAAAUGGCCGUUAGAUUUAUCUUUAGGUCAGGAAUCAAUUUCUCCAAUUUUAUGUUAAUAUCGGUGGCUGUGUUUUAAAUGCUCUUUGAGUUAAUUGUUGAUUGCUUGAAGACAUCUCCGUCGUUUUGUGGGUUAUAUGU